AUGACAAAUGACGCGUUGGUUACUAUUGCAAGGAAUCGUCCUAAUAUGAUCCGAUUUUGUUUGUGUAUUAUAGAGCCUCAAACACCUGAUUACUCAACCCUUGAACGACUUGAUGCUAGUUUUGGGGCCAUUGUGCAACACUGCAAGGAAUUGCGGAAACUUUCUCUUUCUGGCCUCCUUACAGAUCGUGUGUUUGAGUGCAUCGGAGUCCACGCUAAGAAGUUAGAGAUUCUUUCCUUAGCUUUUGCAGGGGAUAGCGAUCUAGGCCUCCAUUAUGUGCUCUCUGGUUGUGAGAGCCUCCGUAAGUUGGAGAUCAGAGAUUGCCCCUUUGGCGACGAGGCUCUGUUGGCCAAUUCUACAAAGUUGGAGACAAUGCGAUCCCUUUGGAUGUCCAACUGUUCAGUAAGUUUUGAAGCAUGUAAGCUGCUAGCUCAGAAGUUGCCAGAGCUUAAUGUUGAAGUUAUAGACGAGAGGGGUCAUCCGGAUACGAGGCCAGAAAGUUGCCCCGUUGAGAAACUUUACAUAUACAGGACAGUGUCAGGAAGGAGGUUCGACACACCUGGUUUUGUUUGGAUUGUUGCUGAAGAUGCAUCAUUGACUCCAUAUAGCAACGGUUGCAAUACUCGUUAUGGUGGGGUUGAAGCUC